AAGAUGGCAGGUGUUGUCGAAGUGGUCGUUGUAGGGUCCUGCAAUACUGAUUUAAUCACUUACACUGCGCGCUUUCCUAAUCCAGGAGAGACAAUUCACGGGCAUUCAUUUUCUAUCGGUUUUGGAGGAAAAGGUGCAAAUCAGGCUGUCUGUGCUGCACGGCUGGGUGCGAGCACAGCAAUGAUCGGAAAAGUUGGUAAUGAUACGUUUGGCAAUGACACAACGAAGAAUUUCCAAAACAACAACAUUAACAUUGACCACUUGGGCAUGGAGGACGGUACGUCGACUGGAACGGCCGUGAUCACGGUCGAUGAGUCUGGGCAAAAUUCAAUUGUAAUCGUCAAUGGCGCCAACUCGUUACUGAGCAAAUCUGAUGUUAGUGCCGCCGAGCCUAUGAUAGCCAGAGCAAAGAUCCUCGUUUGUCAACUAGAGGUAGAGCCCGAAGUUUCAAUCGCUGCAAUGAAGUUAGCCAGACAGCAUAACGUGAUGACACUGUUCAAUCCAGCUCCGGCUAGGGCCAACUUGCCGCCUGAUGCGUGGACCCUUUGCGACGUGUUCUGCCCAAACGAAGCAGAGGCGGAGAUGUUUGCUGGAAUGCCAGUCAAAGCCAAGGAGGAUGCCGAGAAAGCGAGCCUGUUUUUCCUUGACAAGGGAUGCAAGAUCGUAAUAAUUACGCUGGGAGACAAGGGAGCAGUAUACGUGACACAAGAGAACCGCACCCCAGUACAUGUUCCUUGUAGGGUCACCAAGGUAGUGGAUACCACUGGUGCGGGAGAUGCAUUUGCAGGUGCUCUUGCAUACUACAUGGCAUGUCACCCAGGCCUUGCCAUCGGCCAGGUGAUCCGCCGCAGCUGCGAGAUUGCUAGGAUGAGUGUCCAGCAUUCAGGAACACAGAACAGCUACCCUGUUAGGCAGCAGAUUCCAGACGAAUUGUUUUUAUAAUCGUCACACGGUUAUACACACACAUUGACCACAACAAGCACUGCACGAAGGGUCGUUGUCGUAACAGGUACUACAGAUAUGUAC